AUGACGUUGUCAAGUAUAGUUUUUGCGAUCUUGCAAACGUUUUUUUACUAUUUUGCAUAUAUUCUUAAAUGUGCCGUUCCUUUGUGUGCCCGAACGGCGCGUGAACACCCUGUCGCCACCAAUAUAUUUGGGUAUGUGGUCGCAACGUAUAUUUUAUGGAAGGUAUUCUGCCACUUGUUGGCUACGCUAAGAAAAUUGAUUUAUGUUGCGGUUGCUGUGUUAGCCGUUCUGGCUUGGAUUCGUGGUCCCCACCGUGUGCUUUUUCAAGAUAUCCCAACCAUAGUUCACAUCUUCCGCACCGAUGCAGACAUUCAGCAAAUGUGGCGCGACGUUCAGAAAUACAUGCAUACAUCACACCUGCAGAGACUUGUGUCAGCCACUGCCAUCUCGACGCUAGAAGAAAUGCGUCUCCAGUUUUUGAGAGUUUUUUCUACGUUAUAG